GAAUUUUUUCUCCUCAAGAUAUCAUGAACAUAAAAAACUCCAUUUCUCACACAAGCUUUCACUGCUUCGCGCCUGUGCGAACUCCUUCAUGUUCUCUAUUUUGGUACUGGUCCCAACUGUCCGUGAGGCGUUUCAGCUCGGAUUUGCUUUUGGAGACUCGAGACUUACAAUUUUGUCGCUGAAUUGACUGAAUUAUCACAGGCCCUAUGGGAAAGUACAGUUGGAGUGUUAAAGUUGAUUCUUGGAAUAAUUCAGUAACUCCGUGAAGAAUGAGAGUAUGUUUUGGAUUAUGAAAGUCGAUAUGCAUUGACUAAAGAAUUACUACUGGAAUCUUUUAGCAUGAAGAAUGAAGUACUAUCUGGCAUUAUCCAAAAAAUCCAAAAUCCAACAGUUGCUGAUUACCAAGUCUUGGCAAAUGUUCUCAAAUCUUGUGCUGCCAUAUCAGAUAGAAUAUUGGGGAAAGCUUUGCAUAGUUCUGUCAUUAAGUUAGGCCAUCAUUCUUGUCAAUUUGUUACAAAGGCUUUGCUUAAUAUGUAUGCUAAAUGUAAAGAUCUUGAUGAAUGUCAAAAGCUUUUCAGCCAGAUUAAAUACAGUGACACAGUGACAUGGAAUAUUGUGUUGUCUGGCUUUGCUGGUUCGCGGUUUCAUGAAACAGAGAUGAUAAGGCUGUUCAAUUCAAUGCAAAGAGCGCAUUAUCCUAAGCCAAGUUCUGUCACUAUUGCUAUUGUUAUUCCUGUGCUUGCCCGUGCUGGAGCUUUGGUUGCUGGAAAAAGUGUUCAUUGUUAUGCGAUAAAGCACGGAUUGGAUUGUAAAACACUGGUUUCAUCGAGAAUAAGCUUACGGACAGGGCUUUUGAAUUGUUCAGGUUGAUGUUGAGAGCUUCCAUUCUACCUAAUUAUGCAACUAUUGCAAAUAUUCUUCCUAUCUGUCCUAGUUUAGAAGGGAUAGCUGGUUACCACUUGGGAAGGCAGAUACAUUGUUAUGUUUUUCGACGGGCUGAUCUGCUAUCAGAAGUUACCGUCAUCAAUGCUCUUUUGAGCUGCUACUUGAGGGUUGGAAAUUUUGAAGGAGCAGAGUUUUUGUUCCGGAAUAUGAAAAGUAAAGAUCUGGUAUCUUGGAACUCAAUAAUUGCUGGAUGUGCAGCGAGUGGUAAAUGGUUGAAGACACUGGAUUUUUUCCGUGAAUUCACUAAAGAGAAGAUGAGUGGACCAGACUCUGUUACUCUUGUGAGCAUUCUUCCUGCAUGUCCACAGCUCAAUAACGUGUUGAUUGGGAAGCAGAUCCAUGGCUAUGUAAUUCGUCACCGUUUCCUCCAUCAAGAUACCUCGGUGAUUAAUGCCCUUACAAGCUUUUAUACAAAAUGUGGAAACAUCAAAGAGGCGUUUCACACAUUUUCGUUGACUUCUAACAAAGACGUGAUAUCAUGGAACACUAUGCUUGAUGCCUUAGCAGAAACCCAACUUCACGAAGAAUUUAUUAACUUGUUAAAGGUGAUGUUUGUAGAGGGGAUGGAAGCUGACUCCAUCACAUUAUUGGCUGUGGUGCGCUAUUUUGCUAACAUUUCCAGAAUGGAUAAGGUCAAAGAAGCACAUGGUUUUUCAAUAAGAUCUGGUAUCUUGCUAAGUGAUACUGAACCUACUCUCGUUAAUGCCUUACUUGAUGCAUAUGCAAAGUGUUGCAAUUUGAACUAUGCUAACAGAAUAUUUGAGAGUUUAUCAGGAAACAAGAAUGUAGUCACGUGCAACUCGAUGAUAUCAGGGUUUGUGAAUUAUGGUUUACAUGAAGACGCACAUGGUAUAUUCAAGAGGAUGACCGAGAGGGAUCUUACCACGUGGAAUCUGAUGGUUAGAGCUUAUGCUGAAAAUGAUUGUCCUGAUCAAGCAGUGAGUCUGUUCACUGAGUUACAGCAUCACAAAAUGAGGCCUGAUGCCAUGACCAUUUUGAGCCUCCUUCCUGUUUGCGGUCAAACGGCCUCAAGCAACCUGCUGAAGCAGUGUCAUGCAUAUGUGAUUAGGUCUUUCCUUGAUGACGUUUAUCUGGUUGGAGCUCUCAUAGAUGUAUAUUCGAAAUGUGCUACUCUAGGAUAUGCAUACAAGCUUUUCCAAUCAUCUCCUGCCAAAGAUCUUGUUAUAUUUACAGCAAUGGUUGGAGGGUAUGCUAUGCAUGGAAUGGGAGAAGAAGCACUUGGGAUAUUCUAUCAUAUGCUUGAGCUGGACUUCAAACCAGAUCAUGUUAUAAUAACUACAGUGCUAUCUGCUUGUAGUCAUGCUGGCCUUGUGGAUGAAGGGUUGAAGAUCUUUGAUUCAAUGGAAAAGACGCAUCAAGUCAAACCUAGCAUGGAGCAUUAUGCGUGCGUGGUGGAUCUACUUGCACGUGGAGGCAGAAUUAAAGAUGCAUUUUCCUUUGUGACCCGGAUGCCCUUUAAAGCCGACGCCAAUAUAUGGGGAACACUUCUGGGUGCCUGUAAAACCCAUCAGGAGGUUGAUAUAGGCCGUACUGUGGCAGGUCACCUGCUUCAAGUCAAUGCUAAUGAUAUUGGGAAUUAUAUAGUUAUGUCAAAUCUGUAUGCUGCGAAUGCAAGAUGGGAUGAUGUCCUAGAGAUAAGGAAGUCUAUGAAAACGAGAGAUCUUAAAAAGCCAGUUGGUUGCAGUUGGAUUGAAGUGGAACAGAAGAAAAACGUAUUUGCUGCUGGUGACUAUUCUCAUCCACAGCGAAGAAUGAUAUACGAAACAUUAAGAAUCUUAGAUGAACAAAACAAAGAGCUAUAUCAAUUCUGUACCCUGUUCUUCCCCAGAAAGGUCAAAGCCUGAUAUUGGCAUGCAAGUGUCUUCUUGCUGGUUGGGCAUUUAUACUCCUUUUAUUCUUUUUAAGGAGAAUCCGAUCUCACCGUAAGGCAUCUAAUCAAAACUUUUAUUAGCUGCCAUUUAUUUGACUUAGCCAAUUCUUUGCCAAUUUUUCCUGGCAUUGUUUUUAUUUAACUCCAGCACAUUCGCAGCUCCACUGAGAAGAGGAUUUAUUUGUAGCAGUUUGAGGUGGAUUUGAGUUCUAUUUACUCUUUCUGCUAUGAUGGAAAGAUGGAUGGGGGAAUUCAAGUUUUAGACUUUAUGACUAAUGAGAAAACUAGAUACCUAUUUGAUCAUUUGUGUGCAGUUGUGCGAUUUCGUGUUUCCUGGGCGUUGGAAAGGUUGAGCUCGAAGUUGCGUUUUCUGUGAAUGCUGUUAAUUCAGGUUCGACUUUUUAUUAUCAAGCAGUGUAAUCCUGUUCUUAAUAUUUGUCUUCUUGACAAGAUUACGUAAUGGAGAAUAGUGGUGGAAUGCAGAAUGCAUAAUGCAAACAAGCUGACAUGGGCAAAUAUUUAACUCAUGUGAAUUUGGUGCCUUUACUCUUGGUCUCACUGGCAUACAUGUUGAAUGCUGUUAGUGAGCAGUGUAGUAAGAAUUUUGUCAUCGGUGUGCCUAUUGGUAGUGAACAGUAGUCAAAGAUGACCUGUAUGUGAGGAUUCAUUUAUUACUUUUUUGUCUUAGUUCUUUUUAGGGCUACUUCAUAUAUUACCCGAUUGGAGCAGUUUUGAAAUUUCUGUACAAAAGUAUAUUUGAGCUUAUGUUUAAGUUCAUUGAGCAUGGAGGUCUAAAACUUUGAAAGAUUUUCAUCAAUGUUGGAACAAGAUAAUCGUUAUUCUUGUUUGAUUGUUUAGAGUCUUUCAUCAACUGGUCAUGAAAGAUUUAAUUGUA